AUGUGGGAAGCGAAGGGUAAUCAAACAAUCAGCACGUCUUCACCAACAGCCAAAGGACGCGUUACCAAAACCACACUCAUAACGGAAACACCAACACAGGUCAUCUUCGCAACCAUCAAGCGACCGAGCUCACAGUCUGAUCCAAGCGCCUCUCUAGUAUCUCCACAACCGACGGCAACAGCUGGCGAAACCCAAGACACUCCACCAAGAACAGGGACAUCAGUGGGCACCAGUCACUUUACAGCCACGAGUGACAACAGAGCAACACCAACACCAGUGCCUGCAACUACACGUCCGAAAGCCUCCGCAAGCAUUGGCGUAGCAGCAGGCGUUCCUCUAGGAGCAGCCCUAGGCUUUGCCCUCGCCUUCUUCCUGUACAGAUUGUAUAAUCGAAAGAAGAGACGAACUUCAGCAAGCGACAACGCACCAGAGAGGGUCGAGCAUCAAGCGGGGGUGGGCGUUUUCAGCGAUGCCGAAACACAGAAAGAGCAUCAUCCCAGUCUUAGUGGCGAGAAUGGUCACGGGGGGGUGUCCGAGCUACACGGUAACGAAAAGGAGCCAGGAGAACUGUUAGGUUGGGCUGACAAUGCGGAUUUGAGGCCAAUGUCGUCGGAGUUGCCAGGGUCUUCGGCCAGUGCGGCUCUCCGGCCGCUUUCUUCGGAGCUCGAAGGGCCUGCGAACGAUACUCUCAAGCCAUCCUCACCAACUUCAGUGGGUUCAUUAGAUCGUAUGAACAGAGAAGGCAAAUCAGUAUUGGACCGGCAACAGGAGCUGCCAGCUCAGAAUGUUGCUGUUGACAUUGGUGAAGAAUUGCCUGAAAAGGACGAAAAGGCAAGGGACGAUCUUAGAGAGGUAACGACAAGGUAG